AUUUUUUCUUUCUUUUUCAAAUAAAAAACUAUCAAGAUGGAGUACCAAAAAGCAAUGCUGGAGGAAUUAAUGUCCCAAUAUGUUGACGUGGACAAUAAAGAUUUUUGGGAUGAUAGUGUAUGCAAACAUUACUUGGUCGCUUUUUGUCCCAGUCAAUUGUUUACCAACACUAAAUCUGAUCUUGGUGCUUGUGAUAAAAUUCAUAAUGAUCGCUUGAAAGACAAGUAUCAAAAAAGCCCUGAUAAAAGCAAAUACCCUUAUGAGAACGAGUUUUACGACUAUCUCAACAAGUUAAUCUCUGACUUGGGACGCAAGAUUCGUCAAGGAAAUGGUAGAUUGAACAUUCAAUCAGAUGAUAAAGCAGCUGAAAUCCGAAAGGAAGAAAGAGAAGAAAAGAUGGUUUUGUUAGACGUAAAGAUUAAAGAAUUAUUACAAAAAGUGGAAGAAGCUGGUGAAGAAGGACGUGUCCAAGAAGCAACUGAUUUACAAGCUCAAGUUGAUAAACUUCAAGCUGAAUUAGAAUUAGUUAAACAGAAUAAAGACGGCCUUAAUCCAACAGAAAAGCGAAUGGAGGUAUGCGAUGUUUGUGGAGCAUUUUUAGUUACAAACGAUUCUUCAGAUAGGUUGGAAGCCCACUACAGAGGUAAACAACAUCAGGGUUAUCUAAAAAUUCGUGAUACAAUUGAACAAAUGAAGCAAAAUCGUCAACAGCGUUCUCAUAAUAACAACAACAACAAUAAUAAUAACUAUUCACGUCAACGCUAUGAUUACCAUGACCGCCGAGAUGGAGGUAGGCACAGAGAUUACCGUCGUUAUUCUGACCGAGAGCGCAGGGAUAGAUACCAUCAUGGUCGAGAAAGACGUGAUCAUGAUGACUUUGCAGGAGCAAUUGAAAGUUACAGCAGAAGAUCUCGUCGUGAUCAAGACGACUACCGUUCUCGCUCCCCUGUCAAAGGAUCCCGUUCACGAUCACCCACUAGGAAGUAUCGCUAUGAUUAAGUAGGUGUUAAUAAUACCUGUUAUUAAAAAUAAAAAGAAUUUCCCUUUUUUUUU